CAAGUUGUUCUUGCGGCGAAGGAGGACGAUCAUAAAAACACAAAAUUUAAUACCUGCUUUAGAUGUAGGGAUAGUGUCGUUUCGAGCCUUAUUUUUUUACUGCACAAAAAGGAAUAAUUCGAUUUCGGAGAUUUGGAGUAAUAUUCCCGGUUCCCGGUGGUCAAUUGCGGUCAGGAAAGUCAGUUCAGUUCGGGAUCGGAAAUCGGCCCCACAAUCACAACGAAGGAGCGCUCUGAGUCAGGAUCGGAUUUGUCGUCGUCGUCUUCGUCGUGAACCAGUUUUAUGGGUUGUUUUGCUGGAGUGCGCUAGGUGCCGCUAGCCAGAAGAUUACCCGAAGAAAUUCCUCAGGGUUGUGUACGGUAGUUUUGUUGGUUUGCGGGAAUGCUAAAUUGAUGGUGAAGAAUCGGUGGUUCUUGAUAGUGGCACAAUAACGUAACGAAUCCAUCAGUCGUCAUUACCAGAAAGUGCUGGUGGUUAUUAUCUCGCAUUGCUUUGGUAGAGAACGGGAACAUCAUCAUCAUCAGUAGCAACAGCAGCAGCAGCAAGCAGUCAGUCGUAUCAAUUUAAAUAUAAAGAAUGUUGCAGAGUUGUAAUUUUUAAAUAUCAGUGUUACAGUGUUCGUGAGAGUGUGUCGCUACUAAUGAUGCAGUGAACUAGUUAGUGUUCAGCGGGUUUGUUUAGAAUUGGUGGGCAGCGAGUUAGAAUGAUGGUCCUGUGGUGAGAGAAGAAGUGGUUAUCAGUGGAACGUGAAGCUCUAGGAACGAUGAUCUUUACCGGAGGACCUUACUAAAGUGAUUCGUCAUCCUGGCCAGAAUGGACGGCUCUAGAGGGCAUUUUCUUAAUCGACACGAAAUGGCACGCGACUCCACAAUGGGACGCGAGCGGGUGCUGGUUGUACCCAAUACCGGUAUUGCGCUGGACACGCCCUCCACAUCACAACAAACGGCUGGACCGACCGACAUCAACCAACAGAUUUUGGAGCUUCGCAAAGAGCAGGAACUCCAGAAGCAAAAACUAUGGCAUGCCUUCCAGGAGAAGAACAAGGAACUGGAGAUGCAGCACCGACAACAGCUGGAACACAAGUUUCAGGUAGUUUCCGAAUUGCGCGAUCAGCGCCUGGCGGAGGAAGCCGCCCAGCAGCGGGAACGCCGCGAACGGGAAGCGAUGAAGCGCAAAGAGAAGCAGGACUUCAGCGCCAACGCCAGCUCCGAGGUCAAGCAGAAGCUGCAGACCUUCCUCAUCCAGAAGAAGCAAGCGGCCGCCUCCAAUGGCAUGAACUCGCCCUCGUCCUAUCGAAAUUGGGGCGUCGUGAAAUCCUCCUCUGGCGAGUCGAUACCGGCCGGAGCCGUGGCGGCCAGUUCGCACCCGUACAAAAUCCCUCCGCCACCGCCGUCGUCGAUGGCCAAGUACGAUUCGGACUUUCCACUGCGGAAGACAGCCUCCGAGUCCAAUCUGCUGAAGAUCCGCAUCAAGCAACGGGUAAUCGAAAAACGUGCCAUGACCGGACCGCUGGCCGCCCGUCGGCAGGAACGACUCCAGCAGGCCGCCCAGAGGAGAAUGCAGAAGCAGUCGUCGGGGCACUCGCCAUCCUCCUCCGGCCAGCACGGCGCUCCGCAUCUUCCCGGACAACCGCCGACGCAUCCGCACCUCUCGACGCUGGCUGCCCAACAUCCUGCAAAUUGCGCCGGCGGAACGCCCGACUCCGGUCCGAAUUCGCCACCUGCCCUGGGCAGUCGAGGUUCUCCGUCGAAUGCACCGAUCCAGGAAGAGAACGAAGACCCACAGUACGGACCGGGUGGUCGGUCCAGUAUCAACGACCUGUCCCUGUUCAGCUCGCCCUCGAUGCCGAACAUUUCUCUUGGACGGCCGCAUCUGGGCGAUGCGCACUCUGCUAAUCAUAUUGCAAUGCUACCGCUGAGACCUCACCAGAUGGUGGCCGCCGGUCAGCCACCUCCACUAUCGCACCACCCGCCGCCAUCGUUCGCCCAGCACCAGGCGAUGUUGGAUCAGUUGACGGAGCAGCAGCUGCAGGCGGCUGCUGCGGCGGCCGCAGCGGCAGCAGCUGCCGCUGCCGCCAGUGGUCUAUCGAUAAAUCCGACCCACCUCGGUGGGAUUCACGCAGGCGUUCCCUCGGUUUACGGACACCCCAUUACCGAUGCCCAGGUGGCACAGGCACGACUGCACAAGCAAGGCCAUCGACCGCUCGGUCGAACACAAUCCGCUCCUCUUCCCCUCGGUCAUCCCAUGCUAACCGGAACCGGUGGCAGCGUCGUCAACAUCGGGCAAACUCACUACGAAAACAGUGACGCCGAACGCCAAGCUUACGAGCAGCACCUGUUGAUGAAGCAGAAGAUACGUCAGACGGCGCUUAACCGGGCCAACUGCGUCCGGGAACCGCAACUCAAGGAGGAAGUCGAAUCCGGCGAGGUGAUCGACCUCACCGACAAGAAGCAACCUCCGAAAACCACAGUCAUAACCUCAAACAGCGUUAUCAAGAGCACCUCCCAUACCACUCUGCUGCGGGAUCCGGUGGAAAGCUUACAACAGCAGCAGCACGUCGAGUUCCUCCAGGCUCAGGCCUUGAUGCGACACUCGAUGCAGAUCGGUAUGCUUGAAGAUCCCUACAACCGGUCGUUGUUGCGACCACUCUCCCGAACCUCAUCCUCGCCGCUGGUACAUCUGGGAACUCCGGCCAGCAGUAAUCAUCCGGUUGCUCUCUCUGAUACCGGCCAAGACGACAUUCCACCUCCCGUGAACCUCACGAUCCAGAACCGGAGUCGUUCGAUGCUCAGCUAUACCAACGAGGGACUGGCAAGCAGUCCCGGACCGCUCCAGUUAACCACCUCUUCCUCGGCUUCCGCCAUUCCCAUCCGGUUGGUUCAGCAGAAUGGGAAACCCACCACGGGUUUAGCCUUUGACAGUCUCAUGCUGAAGCAUUCCUGCGUCUGCGGAGACAACGCUGCACAUCCGGAGCAUAGCGGCCGACUGCAGAGCAUUUGGGCACGGCUGAUGGAGACGGGUCUAGCUGCACGGUGCGAUAAGCUUCGCUCUCGGAAGGCCACCCAGGAAGAACUGCAAUCCGUUCACUCAGAAGCGCACUCCCUCCUCUUCGGUACAAACCAGAUCAACCGCCAGAAGCUGGACGCCAGUGGGGUAAGCUUUGUCCGCUUAGGGUGCGGUGGCGUUGGAGUCGAUCUGGACACGACCUGGAACGAACACCAUACGGCAGCAGCUGCACGGAUGGCCGCCGGUUGCGUUAUCGACCUGUCCUACAAGGCAGCCAAGGGUGAAAUCCGGAAUGGGUUCGCCGUAGUUCGUCCUCCGGGUCACCACGCGGAACCGAACGCCGCCAUGGGAUUCUGCUUCUUCAACUCGAUAGCCAUCGCGGCAAAACUGCUCCGACAGCGACUUCCAUCGGAGGUCCGACGAGUUCUGGUAGUGGACUGGGAUGUCCACCACGGCAACGGAACGCAGCAGGUGUUCUAUGACGAUCCGAGUGUGCUGUACCUGUCCAUCCAUCGGCAUGACGACGGAAACUUUUUCCCCGGAACCGGAGGUCCUACGGAGAGCGGAACUGGUCCCGGGUUGGGCUUCAAUGUGAACAUUGCCUGGUCCGGUGGGUUGAAUCCACCGCUGGGGGAUGCAGAAUACUUGGCCGCCUUCCGGACGGUCGUAAUGCCAAUCGCACGGGACUUCCAGCCGGACGUAGUACUGGUUUCGGCCGGAUUUGAUGCCGCAUUCGGACACCCGGCUCCCCUUGGAGGCUACAUGGUGUCGCCGGCUUGUUUUGGGUACCUGACGCGGGAGCUGAUGAAACUGGCCGAUGGGAAGGUGAUCCUGGCGCUGGAAGGCGGCUACGACCUGCCGGCCAUCUGCGAUUCCGCCCAAGAGUGCGUCCGGGCGCUGCUGGGUGACGAUCUGGCUCCGAUUGCCGGUACGGAACUUUCGCGACCACCGUGCCAGUCGGCCAUCGAGACGCUGCAGAAGACGAUCGCCAUCCAGAUGACGCACUGGCCGUGCGUGAAGCGACUGGCGCAUACGGUCAGCUUUUCGGCCAUGCAGGCUGUGAGCGGGGCGAAUGGCGCUGAUCGGGAAGAAUCCGACACGGUGACGGCGAUGGCCGGACUGUCGAUGCAACCGCCCAAUAGAACAUCGGACAUUUCCCGCGAGGACUCCGAAGAACCGAUGGAUCAGGACGAAUCGAAGUAAGUCCCGCACCGUUAUCAGGUUUAUCGAUCUUCGAGCAUUGUGGCCGUUGCUGACUCGUUGCCGCCCCUGGCUGAAUCACAGCGAUCGAAUCAAUCAGCCCUUUUUUUCCCGGGCGGAGUGGAGGUCGAGUGAGAGUGAAUGUGGAGGCGCGUUCGUUCUGUGUUCGAGCGUGAUGAGGAGGAGAAAUUUUUUUGGAACGGAGUUGCAGCUAGUUUUUUGGAUAAAGCCCGAAAGGAAGCGGGAAAAUGUUACCUCGAGGUGUGAAAAUGUUGGCGGGUUGGUUGGAGAAAAAUCUGAGAGCUUAGGACGAAACUAAAUUUACACGCAAAUUCGGUACAAGCAAAAGCUAGAUUAUAUUUUUGGGUCAGUUUUUUUCCCCGCAAGUAGAAAACCGGAAGAGCGGGGAUUUUGAGGUUUGGCGGAAACGAAUUUUAGAUGGAAGGUGCUUGAAUAGCUGAGGAAAGGUGGAAGGUAGUAGAAUCAAUCGAAUCAGGGAAAACUUCGCGGUCGAUUUUUCGGUGGAAACAAAUCGAAAAAUUAACAUAACAAUCGCGUCGUGACGGGACGACUUAUUUUCUCGGACGUUAUAGAACAGAUAGGCAAAAAAUCAUCGUACUUUACGUUAGUUGUUAUAUACGGCGGGAAUCGGGCCGUGGCGGAAGUGGCAGUAAAGGCGAUUGGCGAUGGGACUUUAUGAAGUUUGGGUAAUUUUGUGUAUUUUCGGAUGCUUUUCAGUUCAGCGUGCGUUUCGAUUUUGACAGCGUCAAAGUGCACUGAACGAAAUCGUUGCCUUGUUUUGUGCGGAAUAUGCAGACAAACAUUUUAAGUAGGGAUCUUUAAAGCCAUCGCCAGUCGGGUCAUAUUUGUUUUUUUGAGGUACAUAUAUAUAUAUCAACAUAUUGAAUGCACAUAAGCAGACGAAACUUGUAGGUGAUAAAUCGAAACAAAACUUAGUAAACUGUGGAUGUUUUACACACAAAGCAAGACUAUUUCCGUUUUUCGUUCAUCGUUCGUUGUUGGCUGUUGUUGACAAACAGAGUAGAUAUAUAACCAGAGAGCAAAACUGUACUGUAUCGCUAAAAUCACUCUAGAUGUGAAUGGAUGAUAAAAAAUUAAAAAAAAACUGUUCAAAAAAUCCACCAUUUUCGUAACUAAAAUUACUAUUGUAUAGAUAAAAAAACUUAACGGAGUCGAUGCUAAGCAAGAUAAGUACGUUUGUUUUACAAAAUGCAAGAAAGUGGUAAUUACAAAGUAAUUUUUAUAGAACGUGAUCCCGCCUGUCGGGUGGGCGAAAAUUUAUUUUAUACUUGUACUAAAAAAAACAGAAACUGGGAAUAAUUUUUGUGCAUCACUUUUGCAAACUUUUCCACUAUGAACAUAAACGAAAGUUACCCCGUUGGUGAGUAAUAGAUAUUCCUUCCACAACAAAAAUAACAAACAAGCAAACUAGGCUGAAUUAACACACUGCAGAAACAAGCCUAUACUGAACUCCUUAAUUGUACUAAAAACUAGACGUUUAAAAAAGAACGAAAUUAUUGCUCAACCUUUGAAGCACUUUGAACCCGAACAAAGUGUACCGCUUGGCCCGGCCGUUGUUCCAAACCAGGAAGUACAGUCAACUCUCGCUAACUCGAUAUUGAAGGGCCCAUCGAGUUGGGGAGGUAAAUUUUGGAAAUUUGUAUGGCAAAAGUGGUCGAAGUAGCCUGGAUUUGCCUGGAGUUAGGGAGAGUUCACUGUAGUACCGAAACAAUAAGCGCCCACACAGAUAUCGAAUCACACGCAUUCAUUUAAACCAAAUAAAAUAAAAUUGACUGCUGCCAUCAAACAAUAACCUUAAAAGAAACCUUUAAUCACAUUGAAAAAAAAAACGGAAAAUCAGAGCGAAACAACAAAUGAAGGCAAACAAGGCCAAGAAGAAGAAGAAGGAGCAGAGGGCGAGAAAAAGUAAAUAUUUAUAGUAAUUAUUGAAAGAAGAGCAUACAUUUUUAAAGCAGAAAAGUUUAUCUUUAAUAAGUGUUGAGUGACCUUAAUGUAUACCAACGAAGAAAACAAAACAAAAUAUAAAAAGGUAAGCAAAUUUAAUACAAAUCUUAUCCAAACAAAGCUUUCGACCCGUUUGAACGCUAAGAAGCUACACUUUUUCAAACUAAACGCUGCAUAUAUUUAUCAAAUAGCACACUCACAAACUUACAAACACGACCACACAUGCCAGUAGAAGGAGUAACCAAUACAAACAUUACCCUGAAGCACUUCUUUCUACACAUCCGCUUUUGAACGAACGCGAAGGUAUUUUACAUCAACUUUUUGACUGGUUCAACAGGUUUAUUUUUGUUGAUGGGGUUGUACUAAAAAACAACUAUAUUUGGACAGGUUCUCCGGCGUCGCCUUGGAUGACGUGAGAAACUUACACAUACAUAUAUGCAUACCCUAAUAUUUGUUUGAUUCCCUCAAGCGCGGAUCAAUUUGUACUAAAAAACGGACUAGUUUGUAGCUUGGAACAUUUUUCCCCGAAUUAAAGUGCUGGCCACUUUCGGUUUCGUUUCUUGAAAGGCGUAAACGCAAAUACACCCUUUUACCCGUUUCCAAUCCUACGGAUGUCGUUCUCUUUUUUUAAAUAAAUAUAUUGAUCUAGUGAUAGUAACCGUGGCAUCGAGAGAGAUUUGUACUAAAAAAAUAAAAACAGAAGCUUCUAUAAUAGGUGUGAGAUGUGAUAUUGUUUCUCAAGCAAGUGCAUUUUUUUGUCUCGUUUUAUCCUCCUCUUCUUCGGUUUCGGUAUAGACGCUUUGGUUUGUUUACACUAUAGGAAAACCUCUUCCUCUCCCCCAUUUGUGUGAGGGGUUUUUUUCAAGAACACAAACACACGAAUGACGACAGAUUUCGAACUCUUUCACAUUCACUAGACACACACAAACAAACAAACAAACAAAUACUGAAUGGAGAAAUAUUUGAUGAAAAUGAAAACGAAUCAAUACGCUUUUGUUGUACUAAACAAACAAGUAAGAGUUAAAUUUAAAGAAAGAAAAAAAAAACUAGGAAAAUGUAAACAAAUCACCUCAACAAAAAAAGGAAACUCAUAUUUAGCUGAAAGUGAAAAUAUAAACAAACAAAAUAAUAUGAAAAAAGAAACUGAGCCAACAUUAAAAUAAACAUUCCUCUUUUAAAGAAAGAAAAGUAAUUUAUAUUUAAAGAAAAAAAAAGGUGAAACGGAAACACGUUACAGAGCUAAGAUGGUACGAAAUGUUCGAUUUGUGUAAAAGAGAAACACAAAACAAAACAAAAACACACACACACACACACAUUUACGAAUGUCUAUACUUUUAGUUCUUUACUCGUCUGUGCAUAGGUUUAAGGGAGCCCCAUAGUGUGGGAGCUACGCGUUUGUAAAUAGUUUAGUUUAACGAACAAAACAAAUCGAACUGGUUUCCUUGUACUAAAAAAAGAGAAGAUUCUUUAACUAUCAUUAGCGGUUAUGUUAUCUAUAUGUAUGGUUAGUUUAAAAUGAAACUGUCCCCUGCCCCAUUUGCGGC